UAAAAAAAAUAUUCAGGGAAUAUCGAUGCACGACAUAAGACUAAUUCCUGGAAAAUCUUCGGAGAAACCAGAGAAAGAGUAGAAAGGGGGAGUGAAGUGGUAGUUAUCGACGCAAUAAAUAUAGAGGUUGAUUAAUGGUAAGCGUUGGAGGCCGUUGAACGUAUGAAAGCUCUAUUUUAAUUCAAGUGGUUGAUCAGUUCACCUAAUAAUAAACGGUUAAAUGUCGACCGGUAGCUCACUCAAUCUUGGCGUCAGUCAAUUUGCUGGAUCCAAUUGCUGCUAACUCGCUCCUUUCAUUAAACCCUAGAUCUAGAAUCUUCAGCCAUAGUUAGAAAGCUCGAGAGUCGACAUCGGAGCUCUAAUGGCGGGUUUCUUAUCAGUACUUCGUCGCUUAUACCUUGGAACCUACAAUUGGGCUGUCUUUGUUGGAUGGGCAAGUGUUCUGUAUCAUGCUUUGAGGACUUUGAACGGACCCGGCUUCGAACAUGUUUACGCUGCUGUGGAAACGCCUCUUUUUUUAGCUCAAACUGCUGCGGUUUUGGAGGUAUUUCACGUUUUUCUUCCUUUUUGUUCCGAAAAAGGUUUGGUUAGAUCCCCAAUUUCGGCGACAUUGCCGCAGAUCGGUUCGAGGUUGUAUUUGACUUGGGAUCCUUGCUCUGGAAAUGGGGGAGAAGCAUAUGCUGAAUAUUAUUGUAUGUCUUAAUCGCGGAUGCUGAUACUAUUGUGUUACUCUUAAUUGCAGAUUAUUAGAUAUUCUUUCUUUGGCAUGAAAGAGGUGCUUGGUUUUGCACCUUCAUGGCUCCUGUGGUUGAGGUACAGCACAUUUUUGGGAUUAUAUCCAACAGGCAUUAGCAGUGAAGUUGGUCUAAUAUACCUUGCCCUACCAUUUAUCAAGGAAUCUGAAAAGUAUUGCAUAAGGAUGCCAAACAAAUGGAACUUCUCUUUCGAUUACUUCUAUGCUGCAAUUCUUGCCCUUGGGAUCUACGUUCCAGGAAGUCCACACAUGUACCAAUAUAUGCUUAUGCAAAGGAAGAAAGCUCUCUCCAAGCCUAAGAAAGAGUAGCAUGGAACCAAAUGAUCUAUUAUUAUUUCGCCCUGUUUUCAUUUUUGUUAUUGGGUAGAUUUUUGGUCUUCUUUUGGUUCAAGGGUAGAUGCGUGUGUUGAUAUGGAUCUUCCAUUUAUCCAUGGAUUCUUUGAAAGCUAUAAAUUUGGAUGAUUCAUGUUAAGCUUUCACUUCCCCAAGUAAAUACUCUUGGCAUUGCCACGUUAUCAGCA